GUUGCUACCCGUCCCCGCCAGCGUGUCGGGGUCACCGGGAAAAGAUCACGGGGUGGGGGCUGGCCGUGCCAGCCCGGUCCCACUGAGCUGGGUGCCAGGGAUAGGGCUUCCCGGCAGGGCAUGGCUCGGCACGGCACGGCAGGGCUGGGCGCAGCACAGCACAUCAUCACCUGGUGUGACGGAAGGGGAUGUGGCACUGGCGGGGCGGGGGGGACGGAGCUGUGAGUCACCCCCCUCUUUCCCCGUGCCUCCCUCCGCCCUGGACUUUGCCUUCCAUGGAUGCUUGGGGCAAUAAAACCCGGACUCCGGUGGGGCCGGAGCGUCGGGGAGGGCCCCCACCCGCAGCAGGCACUCAACGGUCAGGGGGCACACGCGUGUGUUUGUACGCACGAGGAUGGGAGUGUGUGGGUGUGCGUAGGAGGGAGCUGUGAGAGUGCGAGGGGGAGCUGUGCAAGCAUGCGUGUGUGUAUGUGUGCAUGUAGAUGUGUGCAAGAGAACCUGCGUGGAUGUGUGCAAGGAGGAGCCGGGUGUGCAAACAGGUGUGGGUGUGUGUGCAAAGGAGCCGCACAUGUGGGAUGGAGUCACAUGUGCGUCUGUGUGGGCAACAGGCAGCUGUGCAUGUGUGCGAGCAGGCGUGAGAGGGAGCGUUGCACACGCGUGCGGGAGGCAGAGGUGAGCAGCGUGUGCCACGCGUGCAUCCGAACCCACCCGCAGAAGGGUCCCGGGCGCGCACAGGGAGCAACCCCAUGCGUGUGCAAGGCGCCGUGUGCGUGAAAGAACGCCCGUGGGCACCCUGCCCGCCUGCCUGCGCUGCCCCGGCCGCCACCACCGGCACGGUCCCAGCCCUGACCGGCGCCGCGGGCGGGUCCGGCGGGCGGGGGCCGCACCCUGGGCCAGGCAGGUGCCUCCUGUCACCCUGUCCCCGUCACCGCCGAGGCCAGGCAGGCUCCGUGGCCCCGCCGGCCGCCCCCAUGCAGCAGGAGUGUGGGGGACAGAGCCCGGGACCCCCCGAGGAUGAGGUCAAGGCCGUCAUCGUCGGGGAUGGCGGCUGCGGGAAGACGUCUCUGCUGAUGGCCUUCACCAGGAGGGACUUCCUCAAGGCCUACACCCCCACCGUGUUCGAGAAGUACACGGCCUCCCUCCAGGUCGGCAGCAAACCGGUGAAGAUCCACCUCUGGGACACUGCAGGACAGGAAGACUAUGACAGGCUUCGCCCGCUGUCCUACUCCAACACCAACGUUGUCCUCAUCUGCUUUGAUGUCACCAGCCCCAACAGCUACGACAACAUCCUAACGAAGUGGUACCCGGAGGUGAACCACUUCUGCAAGGGCAUCCCGGUGCUGCUGGUGGGCUGCAAGACCGACCUGCGGCAGGACCAGGAGGUGCUGCACAAGCUGCAGGAGGGACGCCUGGAGCCCAUCUCCUACCGGCAGGCAAGUGCCACCCCCCCCCCCCGCGAUGGGCCGGGGAUGCCCCCCAGCACGGGGCGGUGGGGGAGCCAUGGCCCACAGGGGGGUCCUGACCCCACGGCUUCCCGCAGGGAGAGGCCAUGGCCCGGCAGAUCCACGCCGUGUCCUACUUGGAGUGCUCGGCCAGGUACCAGGAGAACAUCGGGGACAUCUUCACGGCGGCCUGCAGCGCAGCCUUCAGUGCCACCCACCGGCGCCGGCGCCGGAGGCAACGCAAGAGGGGCUGCGUGCUCUGCUGAGCCCCCCACCCCGACAUAGCCCCUGGAACCUGCUGCUGUCCCCCGGGCUCGGCACAACGCCUCCGCUCCCGCCUGCCGCCAGACCUCCUCUGCCACCACCAGACCUCUGCUGCCACCGCUGCCACGCGCCUGUGUCGUCCCCCCCGCAAGCCGGCCCUGCGGGGAUGGCGCUGCGCUCGCCGUGGGGUGCCAGCAGGAAAGCAAGAAACUGUCCCACCAGGGAACCCCGCGUCCAAGCAUCCUCUGCCAGUCUGCCUGCACCCAGCCCCGCGGGCAGAGGGGGUAUGGGGGCACAGAACUGCUUUUUUUUGGGGGGGGGGGUUGUCCCCCUUCCUGCUGACAGGCCGGCGAGGGAGGGGUGACACGGGGUGACUUUGAUGCAGUUCUGCCAUUAAAGCUCAACGCUCCUCAGCGCGGCACGGUCCCUGCGGGCAGGGGCAGCCCCGGCACGGCGCGGGGGAGACGGGGUGCUGCCAUGGACCCUCUGCGGCCGGGCAGCCUCUGGGAGCGAGCCCCCUCCUGCUUUCUGCCUGGGGUGCGC